CCCAAAAUGUAGCACAGGAGUAUAUAAUAUUAAAAAAUGUCUGAAGAUGAUAGCCGAGUGGUGAGCUUCGGAGACCCUGAAGCAAAAGAAUUUGAAAGUGCAUUCAUGAAUCUUGAUGGCAACAUUUCUUUCAAUAUUGAUGAUGCCGAGAAAGAUGAGAAUAUGGAUGACUCUUUUAACAUGAUUCAAGGAGAUAGAGGAUCUCUGAGAGACAGUGUUUUUCUAUCAAAUCUCAUCGACAACAAGAUUAAAGAAAAGGUUGAUCAGAAAAAGAAGACAAAUCAUGUGGCAAAUCUUUCUGACUUCUCACUGAGUAACUUCGAGAUCAGCCACUCAAAGAUCCAAAACUCAUACCUAGACUACACUAUGAACCAAUCUAAAGUCUUGGUUAAAAGAACUGAUGAAGAAGCUCCUCCUCCUGAGCAUGACAAUACAAGCAAACAAGAAGAAGCUAAGGUUAUGCAAACUAGUAUGAUACAAAAUGAUGAAGAGGGUAGUAGAAUAGAAGAAGGAUCAGUGUUUAAUAUGCUAAAAGAUGUUGAAAAAGAUUAUGACCAGGAUGAAGCACUACAAAGCAUCAUAAACAUAAAGAAGAGUUAUACCUCAAAGGAAGGGUUUAAGGAAGACUCUGAGAUUGAAAGCAAGCCAAUGAAGAAGAACAGGAGGGAGAACUCAAGGCUGUCCAUGAUCGAUGCCAUGCAUGCAAAGAAAGUUUCAACCGGUAAUAUUGGUGACCUUAAGAAGCAGAAUGAGGAUGAUAGGUCAAGCAGUCCGGUCCUCACUCCGAAUGAGGAUAGUAGCUCGAAGAAUGAAAACGAAGGAAAUUUCGAAAAUUUGGAUGAUGCUUCGUUAAACCAGACUGUGAUGGACGGAAGUGUUAUUAUCCAUUCUGGCACAAAUCCUAAUUUCAGAGAAGGGUCUCUUACAAGCUUUAAUUUAGGCGAUAUGGAAGAUGAUGAGGGAUUUAAGUUAGACAACACUGGGAAUGACCGAAAUAGCUACUAUGAAGCGAACGAUACUAGCAUGAAUACCCAACUCAAUAUCUCGUGAUUUGAUAAUCCGGUGAAUACUUCAGUAAUUGAUCAGCCUGCAGAGAUACAAAAUGAGGCAGAAGUUGCUCCCAAACCUGAGGCAAACAAAGAACCUGACAUAGAAUCCAAACCUCUAGUCGAGAGAGGUGGCUUUGCUAUGCUUAGACAGAGACUAAAAGAGAAUGCAGCAAGAGAACGAGAAGAAAAGAUGCGAAAGAAUAUUGCUGAAUCUGAAGCUAGAAGAGAUAAAGUAGAAGAGAAGAAUUUUAAUGAAAAUCCCGAUGAAAAUGAAAUCAAUGGAGACAGUUCCCAAAAUUCCACACUGACUUUUAAGGAACCUUCAUUUGAUAAGAAAUUAAACAGUUCACCUAACUUUGGGCAAAAGAAAGAAAAAUCACCGGAGAAAAAGCUUAAAUCAAUAGAUUCACAAGGAUUGGAAGAAGAUGAGUCAAACUCGAGUAGCCAGGCUCCUGACUUUGGAAUUUCUGGUAAGAAAGAGGAAGAGAAGUUCCCUAUUUCUCCUCCAUCAAAUCAUGGCACUAAUGCGAAGGUCCGCAACUCGUCGCAACUCAGUGAAUAUACGAUUUCUAACAAAGAUGCAUAUCUUGUCUAUCAAUCUAGGGUGGAUGAUUCAAAUCUGAUGAGCCUCAUGAAUGGUACCAUCGAUGAUGAUAAGGUCCAUCUCGAAUGGAGAAAAAUCAUCGAUGAUGAAGGGAAUAGAAGCCAUGGAGGACUCGAAGAUAGGAGCAUGAUCAAUCAUUUUAGAGCUAUGAAACAAGCACCUGUGAAUCCUUACUCUUCAUCAAUGAUAAAGCAUUAUAAUAUUGCGAGUGGUAUUGGAAUUCACUCUAAAGAUCGUAUGACCGAAGCAAAGUCUGAACUCAUGGCUUAUUCAGCAAAUGAUAUCAUUCUUCAACUUCUAUUACUCGGUGUUGACAAGAAAUACAAUAUGCAUAUUACUUGUGAUUAUGAGCUGAAAGAGUGUGAGAAUACAUUCCAAGAGAUGUGCAAAAGAUAUUCUUACUGUCCAGAGGCUUACUUUGGUCUCGGAAAGAUAUAUUUCUCCAAAAAUUUAACCAAGAAAGCUCUUGAAAUGUUUGAACUCGCUCUGAAAGGCCCAAAAAGAGACACUGCUUACUGUCUCUGGGCUGCUAUGACAUGCUUUUAUUUAUACAUCCAUUCUGAAAAGAAGGAAAAAGUUACUUAUAUGAAGAAGAUUGAGAAGUACUGUACAGAAUGUUUGGAGAGUAAUAUUAAGGAUACAAAUGCUCUGUUUAUUCUUCUAAUGGCAACUCAUGACGCAAUAGAAAACCUUAAGUCCACAAGGUUCAAGCCUAGCUAUGUUCCUGAAGAUAUUGCUAUUAGAAUCAAAGAAGCUGAUAACUAUAAGGGAUACUUAGCAUGGGUUGAGAUUCAUCUUCAUCAAAAAGAUACAGAAUUUGCAUUUCAAGUUCUUGAUGAAUUGAUCGAAUAUUAUCCGGAAAGACCCGAAUCAUACUUCAAACUCCUCAAUCUGUUUGAAAAGAAAUCAGAAAAAGCAUGAGAGAUAGCUGAAAAACUAUUCUUAUCCUGAGUAAAUUUUCAUAUGCUUGAGACCAAGAUUUUGAUAAGUAUAAUCUACGCACAGUUCUUGUUCAGAUCAUACCAAUACAUCCAAUGCUUCGAGUUUCUCCAGAAUGAGUACACCAGAUACCCAGUUUACCCUGUCUUCCUCUACUACUACGCUAAAUAUGUAGUCAUGAGUGAAGAGAAGGGAUACUACGGAUCUGGGAUUGGAUGUCUUCAAGAAUGCAAAAGAGUGUGUAUCAAGGAGAGAAAUCCUUACAUAAACUUUUAUAUGGGAAAAUACUACAAAUCCCUUCAGAGACCCGGUAAAUGAUACCCUCUCUUUACAAAGGCUCACAAAGAGUUUAAGUCAAAAGGAAUUGAAAUCCCUAAAAUCAAAGAGAUAGACAAAUAUCUAGUCAGGUUCAGAAAAUUCACUAAAAUUAUCGAAACAUGAAAGAAAAUACUGAAAGAGUACAAGAAGCACCAAAAGACAGCUCCUUCUGGUGAUGACAAGAUGAUCAAUGAUUUAAAUAGCAUGAAGGAGCUGGAUCCAAUCACCAUUGGGCUCCUCAAAUCUGAUUAUUAUAAGAAGAUCUUACUGGACAAGAAGAGCUCGAUUAAAGAGAUCAAGAUCUUGAUGAAGAACCACCCUGACAAUGAAGAAGCCUACUUUGAGUAUUGGAGCAUAAUCAAGGAGAAGGGAGAUAUUGAUAAGCUGGAGGUCAUUUCAAAUAAGUUAGAGAAAGUUUGUAGUAGCAACAAUGUUCCAAUAAAUUCUUGGGUAAAUUCCCUCUUCAAACGCUCAGAAAUGAUGGUUUUGAAAGGAAAUAAAUAUACUAAUCCUCAGGAUCGGUUUGAUCCGAAUGGAGUCUAUUCUAAUUUUAUCGAGGAAGCUAUUAGAGCUCUAAAGAAAAUAAGUGCAUCCUUACCACCUCUUCCUCUUCCUGCAUUGCUCACAAUUGAAGACCCAAUUAAAAUUAAGGAAGACUUACUUGACAAUUUAAAUCUUGAUGAGAGAAAGCUAAGUAAAGAAUCAGAAACCAAAUCUAAAGAUCAAGAUGCCUACGAACUUGAGACAAGUUUUCUUGGCUUUAACAUCAGAAAAAUUACUGCAAAGAAUACAGACUUCGGCAGCAUAUUAAGCAAAAGUGAUGGCAGAAGUAGAGCUUCUGACAAUAGCGAUGCUGAAUACAAACCUCUACUUUGCAAAAAGACGUCUGGAUCAACUCCAGGGCACAACUACACUCCUCAGACUCCUUCCACCCCUGCAGGGCAUCAAUAUCCCAACUCCAAACACUUCACUCCAAGAAUUGUGCAUGACGAUUAUAGUAACAGGAGUUCAACAAGCUCUAAUGCUCCAGGCAUGUUCAGCAGGUUCCCCAGGAGCAUGAUGUCUGUGUCGGCUAGAGAGAGUUUCCUUGGCAAGCCAUUCGAACAAACUCAAUUAGAUGAGUCCAAUAUUGAUAUUAGGAGGAUGUCUGAGGGAUUCGCAGUUAAUUCAGAUGUUAAAUUUUUAUACCAGAUUGGUAAGAUAUGUGCCGAGUCAGGCAAAUAUUUGGAAGAAGGCAUUAAAUGACUGGAUGACUAUAUAAACUUGCUAACAUUUUUCGACCCAUCAGUUAGCGCCAGCCCACAAUCAGCCCCCGUAACUGAGAACCCCACUUUCUCUAAAGCAAUCUUCUUCGUAGGAAUCAUCUUCGACCAGAUCGGAGACUACACUGAAGCAAAAAGGUUCCUGAAGCAGGCCCUCAAGGGCCUGGAGAAGAAGGGCGAAGAAGAAAAGUUAGUCAAGUGCAAACAGAUAUUGAGCAGAAUUAGUUAAUUUCUUAAGAAUUUUGAAAUUUUUGAGUGA